ACACUGAACCUGAAUGCGAAUGUUUCUAAUGUAGCCCUAAUUAUAUGAAUUAGACUUUUUGGAUAGGUUUCAUCUAGCUUCCCAGGUCUGGUUUACUCUGUUAGAUCUGCAGUAAAUGACGUUGUUGCCCCUGGCAUCUUGCUACAGAGCAGCGCUACAACCUUGCAACAACAAUAGGGCUACAUUUUGUAAUAGGCUUGUAGGGUAGGCUAGGCUAUUUACCGUUGACUGACUUGUGCAUUCAUGGACAAGAGUUUGACCUUAAAUUAAGUUGGUUUUACAGUGUAAAAUGAUCAUGGUAAGAUUAUAAGGGAUUGCAUGUAGAUUCUACAGAUGUAGGAUCUUAAUUUGAUCACACUGUUGCAGGAAAUUCAAACAUAGUAUAUUUGAGGUUUAAAAGGCUUCUGAAGUUUGAAAUUUCACACUUGAUUUUCCUUUACGAAAAAUACACCAACCCCUACAAAAAUGUCCGUUAAUUAUAAUACACAUGAUAAUUCAUAUUUACUCUUGCUGCAGGAUUAUUUUCCUGCUGUAGCAAACUGGCUCAAAUUAAAAUCCAACAUUUGUGUCAUCUAUCAUUACCUUGCUUCAUCUUCAUCGUCUUCUAUCGAUGUUAGGAUUUAUCUCAUCCACCACCAUUAUCUAUGACUGUGGAAUAGUAGAACAGAAUACAAUGGAACUAUAUUAGUUAAUCUGCACUAAUCUGUAUAGUGUUCAUCUGUGACAAAUCACAACCUUUACAGAUAAGACACCAGCGGGGCAUCUUGAGUGCACUGCCCUUACAAAGCAUAAAUAGAAAUGGUAAAUGUGUUUAAUUGCUGUCUUUAUCAUCAGUGUGCCUUCGCUAUGUAUGUAUUUAAACACCACCACAGCCAUUUUCCAGUGUUAACUUCUCCCUGUAUUGUGAUGGAAGAAAAUGUAUUUCACUUAGUUUCUUUGGGGACUCAGAUUAUUAGGCUAUGCUAAUUGUUUGUGUAUAUAUUGGUUUCCUUUGAGGUGAGAUGGCUUGUUCAAAGUGCUGAAUUAAUGAAGUCACAUUCACACUGAGUUUUCUCCUGCAUUUGCCCUCUCCCAACUCAUGAUUCUUCAAAUCCAUCGGUAAAUCACCCAACUUUCUUCUAAGAAUGAAUUGUGAAGACAAGCAGGAACCAUGGAGCUGAGAGUGGGAAACAAGUACCGCCUCGGCAGGAAGAUAGGGAGCGGCUCUUUUGGAGACAUUUACCUGGGCGUUAACAUUGCCACGGGUGAGGAGGUGGCCAUUAAGCUGGAAUGUGUGAAGACCAAACACCCACAACUCCACAUCGAAAGCAAGUUCUACAAGAUGAUGCAGGGGGGAGUGGGCAUCCCGUCCAUAAAGUGGUGUGGAGCAGAGGGAGACUACAACGUGAUGGUGAUGGAGUUGCUAGGCCCCAGUCUGGAAGACCUGUUCAACUUCUGCUCCCGCAAGUUCAGCCUCAAGACUGUCCUCCUGCUGGCUGACCAGAUGAUCAGCCGGAUUGAGUACAUCCACUCUAAGAACUUCAUCCACAGAGACGUGAAGCCAGACAACUUCCUGAUGGGCCUGGGAAAGAAGGGCAACCUGGUGUACAUCAUCGACUUUGGCCUGGCCAAGAAGUACCGCGACGCCCGAACACACCAGCACAUCCCCUACCGCGAGAACAAGAACCUGACCGGCACGGCGCGCUACGCCUCCAUCAACACACAUCUGGGGAUAGAACAGUCUCGUCGUGAUGACCUGGAGUCUCUUGGUUAUGUCCUGAUGUACUUCAACCUGGGCUCUCUGCCCUGGCAGGGCCUCAAGGCCGCCACCAAGAGGCAGAAGUACGAACGCAUCAGCGAGAAAAAGAUGUCCACCCCUAUCGAGGUGCUCUGCAAGGGAUACCCCUCUGAGUUCUCCACCUACCUGAACUUCUGUCGCUCUCUGCGGUUCGAUGACAAGCCAGACUACUCAUACUUGAGACAACUGUUCAGAAACUUGUUCCACAGACAGGGCUUCUCCUACGACUACGUCUUUGAUUGGAACAUGCUCAAGUUUGGGGCCAGCAGGACAGCCGAGGAUGGGGAGCGGGAGAGGAGAGAGGUGGAUGAGAGGAUCGGAGGAGGACCUAGGGCACCCCGUGCUCUACCCCCGGGCGGCAAGCCCCCAGGGGGCGUAGACAGGAUCCGAAAUGGCCCCAAUGCAGCAGCUUCUAACCCUGCCUCCAGAGGAGUCCCACAGUCAGGGAACCGGUCCCCGCAGGCUGUGUCCCGUGCGGAGCGAGAGAGGAAGGUGGCCAUGAGGCUCCACCGCGGCGCCCCCGCCAACAUCUCCUCCUCUGACCUCACCGCACAGAUGGGCCAAUCACGCAUCGCCACAUCACAGGUCAGUGUGCCAUUUGAACACCUGGGGAAGUGAGCUGCUCCUCAGGCCCUCUCGACACUGGCAGCCAUGGUAGCAGGGUAUCAAAUACCUACUCAAUUACUUUUGAAAUUGUUGGAUUAAAAAACAUGAGUGUGUCAACGACACUGAAGACGGAUUAAAUAAUGAAGACAGAAGAGAAUAAAAGGAGAGGAAGUUCCAAUGAAUGUGAGAAGGGAACGCCUGUCCAAUAUGACUGUAGUUAACUGGGAGAAAAGAUGAAAAGAUGAAGGAUUGACAAGUGGAAGACACUCUCUUGGCCUAGCCUUGCUUCCCAGGCUUGUGAGACCUUCGCCUCGGCUGGUGAAUGAGUCCUGGUUCACUCUCAUUAUGCUGGCUAUGUGAUCUGUGGGACCAGACACGUCUCUCAGAAGCUAAAUGCCCCAAAAAACAUGUCAGUACAAAAUGGACAAAUUCUGAUUAUUCUAGCUGUUUUCAUUAAGGAGGUGGUGUUGUAUGGGCAAAUGUGUUGGUUGAAAAACACACACAGUCGAAACCGUUUGUCUCAUGUUGAAUGUCUAAUUUAUGACAGCUACAUUUCGAGCUAAGGUGUGUGUUUAUAAUAAUAAUAUCUGGGAAUAUUACAGAGGGUCAAGUAGUCGGCAAGAAGAUCUGUCAAGAGGAAUUUUGGGGAAAUGGAAGAUAUGCAGAGAGAGAGGUAGGAAGAGAUGUGGAACAACAUUGUUCAGGAAUGAGGGGGAAAUGGAAGAUAUGCAGAGAGAGAGGUAGGAAGAGAUGUGGAACAACAUUGUUCAGGAAUGGGGGGGAAAUGAUGAAUAGGAAAGAAGGGAAUGAAUGUGAAAGUGUUUGAAUCAGAGUUGUCUAUAGAGGUGGGGUUGCAUAUAGUCUGUAUAUGUCAAUGUCUUAUUGUCUUACUGUUUGUUUUUCGUACUCUUGGUUUCAGCAAUUCAAGGACCGACCGCAAGUCAGAGGAGGAAGGGGAUGGUAGGAGACAGAGAGAUGGACUGUCACACAUUUUCUCUUAAUGUCUUCGAUGUUUAGGAAUAAUUAUGAGUAGUUUUUAACAAAGCAUUAAACAAGGACAUUUUGGUUCUACAACACUUCCUAUUAACAUUAUUGACACAUUUACAUUGAGGUUUCACUCCCCUUUGCUGUGUGUGUGUGCUCACAGUAUUCUAUUACAUUAGUCAACAGCAGAGAGCUAAUAAUAUCCCUUCAAAUGAUGGUGGACAAUGUAAUAAAGGACCUUAUCAUUAAGAGGUGGAGGCUUUGCAAAAGCAAGAAUAUUGUUGAGUAUUGAAGUAUUGGUCUUGGUUAUUAUGAUAAUAAGUCAACAAGCCUUAUUACUCUGAAGAUGUGAGAAGGAGCAUGGGAGAAAUGAAGAGGUUGGAUUUCAAAGUUAUAUGCUCAAUUGCUGUUAUUUUUUUUUUAUCUCUGUAAAUAUGAUUUUGUGUAAAGCCAGAAUGUGCUAGGUUGUUUUAAGAUGUCAAUGUAGUAAUAGAGAUUUAUUGACCUGCUGGAGAGCUUGGUUGGGUGGAGGGAGUCAGAUGAAAGGUAGGCCUGUGCCUGCAUGGGCCAGGGCAGAUAAUAAUAAAGAUGGAAUGUGGUUUUGUGGGUUCUUUA